CCUGUCCGGUUUAUUUUGCGAUAACAAAUGGCUGAAUGUAGGCCUACUUUAUUUCUUUAAAACGCACCUAAUGCGCCGCUUUCGCGUGUGUUUUUGUCCAAUAAUAUGGAUUAUGGACCAGACCUUAAUUUUAUAUCUAACACUGUCAAUCAUAAAAUGAAAAGCAGCGAUAUUUCAAACAUGACCGGGAGAUGUCGCUGUGGGACGCAUCGUCAUCACUGCAGCAAGGUGUUUGGAUGGGGAUGGUCCAGCAGGGAAGAGGAGGAGAGAGAGGGAGAGCAAGAAGGAGAGCCAGGCGCUGCUGCUGCUGCUGCUGCUGUAUCUGUGGCUACCCACCGCAAUUUUCCGGUCUGGGAUACCCAGCGGAUGCUAUUGCUUCCUCACCACACCAGCAUCUCGAAUCGAAAGUCUGCUUUCAAUGCCAGUCGUUGGGAAUGAUUUCCGUGUGUCACGCUCUCUGAAUUCUCGGCAUUGAUCGGGGAGGGGAAGCGAGAAGAGCGUUGUUCCUCUGGACGUUAUUCGAAGUAAUGCCAGUACCAGACCAGCCUUCUGACACAGAAAACAUCAGCAUGUUGAGCCCGGUACUGAACGCCUCCAAUGGAGAUGGGUCCGAAACAGAGACCACCUCUGCCAUCCUGGCCUCUGUAAAAGAACAGGAGCUGCAGUUCGAGCGACUGACGAGAGAGCUGGAGGCUGAGAGGCAGAUUGUUGCCACCCAGCUGGAGAGAUGCAAGCUGGGUUCUGAGACAGGAAGCAUGAGCAGCAUCAGUUCUGCAGAUGAGAAGUUUCGCUGGAACAACCAAGAUGGACAAAAGGACAUAGAGGAGGAGCUCACCACAGGUCUUGAACUUGUGGAUUCCUGCAUCCGGUCUCUUCAGGAAUCUGGUAUUCUGGAUUCACAGGAAUUCACUGCGGGUGAAAGACCAGGCAUACUCUCUCAGAGUGCUUUGCAGCUUAAUAAUCAAGAAGGCGCUUUUCCAUAUCCAGUUAGUUACCAUAGCAACCAGACCCUGGCCCUCGGCGACCUGUCGGCCUCCCAGCCUCCUCGAGGUGUUCAGGUGGGAGGAGUCUUACAUAGCUACAACCAGGUGACGUCUAAUCGUGUCGCCCAGCUGGCUGCCAGAGAGACAGCCUCCCGGGCCCAUUCUCGAGACUCCUUUGACCAGAGUCAUGGCAGUGCAAUCCGCAUGCCUGACGAUCAGCCAACAGCCCCUAUAAACUAUUCCUGCUUCACUCUACCAGCGCAGCGAGUGAGCUCUCCCUUUUCCAUGCAGGCUUUGGGCUCCCCUUCCAAACUCCAGAGGCUGGGCUCGGCCUCCGACAUGCCCAGCUACGCCACUCUGGCGCGGGUCUCUUCGCCCAAGCAGUCUCCGAGCCGGCUGGCCAAGUCCUACAGCACCAGCUCGCCCAUCAACAUGGCAGCAGGAGGGUCGUCCUCUUCGCCUUUGCACAUGGCCGGGGGACCGGGCAACACCUCCGGCUCAUCUCCGUUACACCAGCUAAGCGCUGCGGUGGGAAGCUACGCCACUCUGUCUCCCACCAAGCGCAUGCUUCACUCCACUGAUCAGUACAAGAUCUCUCACGAUCUGUAUGCCAACGCCACACUCCAGAGGCCUGGCAGUCUGGCAGGAUCCAGAGGUUCAUACAGCAGUCAGCACAGUCACCUGGGCUCUGAGCUUAGACCCCUGCAGUCUCCUGAACACCACAUCGACCCCAUUUACGAGGACAGAGUCUACCAGAAGGCUCCUUUGAGGAACUUCAACCAAGGCCAAACUCCCUCCUCUCCUGGUGUUGACCCCAUACCCUUGCAGCGCACAGGAAGCCAAAACGCCACAGGAACCUUUCCCCGCGCUGGAUACGCCACCGGUCCCGGCGCCUCCACCGCAGACUAUGCCAACCCCUACCGCACUCUCCAGUUCUGCCCCUCCACAGACUCCCCCUACAGUAAAUCAGGGCCUGCUUUGCCUCCGGAGCCCACGCUGGUCAGGUCACCAUCUGUAGACAGCAUCCAGAAGGAUCCCAGGUACGACCCUGAAUUCCUUCUCUGGAAUCAAAAUCAAGCCGAGCAAAGAAUGACAAAGGAGUUUGGCUGGAGGGAUCCUGAACUGCCCGAGGUCAUUCAGAUGCUGCAGCACCAGUUUCCAUCUGUACAGUCCAAUGCUGCAGCCUACCUUCAGCACUUGUGCUUUGGAGACAACAAGAUCAAAUCAGAGAUACGAAGGCAGGGUGGGAUUCAGCUUCUGGUGGACCUGCUGGACCACCGUUUGACUGACGUGCACAGGAGUGCCUGCGGCGCGCUCAGGAACCUGGUUUACGGCAAGGCCAACGAUGACAACAAGAUCGCCCUAAAGAACUGCGGUGGGAUCCCCGCCCUCGUGCGACUUCUGCGCAAAACUACAGACAUAGAGAUCAGAGAGCUGCUCACAGGUGUGUUGUGGAAUUUGUCCUCGUGUGAUGCUCUAAAGAUGCCCAUAAUUCAGGAUGCUCUGGCAGUGCUGACCAACACAGUCAUUAUUCCUCACUCGGGCUGGGACACCUCCCCACAUCAGGAUGACCGCAAACUGCACCUGCAUUCCUCACAGGUGCUCCGCAAUGCUACCGGUUGUCUCAGGAACGUGAGCUCAGCUGGAGAAGAGGCUCGCCGCAGGAUGAGGGAGUGUGAAGGACUGACUGAUGCGCUGCUUUAUGUCAUUCAGACAGCUCUGGGUACCAGCGAGAUCGACAGCAAGACUAUCGAGAACUGCGUGUGUAUCCUACGAAACCUGUCGUACAGGCUGGCCGCGGAGACGUCUCAAGGCCAGCAGAUGGGAUCGGAGGAGCUGGACGGGGUUCUGUGCACCGAUGCCAGCGGCAAGGAUGCUGAGAGCUCCGGCUGCUGGGGCAAGAAGAAAAAGAAAAAGAAGAGCCACGAUCAGUGGGAUGGUGUUGGGCCUUUCCCAGACUCCAAUGAUCCACCUAAAGGACUGCAGAUGCUAUGGCACCCAUCCAUAGUGAAACCUUAUCUCACUCUGCUAUCUGAGUGCUCAAACCCGGACACCCUGGAGGGAGCGGCUGGGGCUCUACAGAACCUGGCAGCGGGUAGCUGGAAGGUAGGCCCCACCUUAAAACCUUGGUCGGUGUAUAUUCGAGCAGCAGUGAGGAAAGAAAAAGGCCUACCGAUUCUGGUGGAGCUGCUGAGAAUAGACAAUGACCGAGUGGUGUGUGCUGUGGCUACAGCUCUCCGAAACAUGGCCCUUGAUGUCAGGAACAAGGAACUUAUAGGAAAGUAUGCCAUGAGGGAUCUAGUCCACCGUCUGCCGGGUGGCAACAAUAACAACAGCACUGGCACCAGCGGCACCCCCAGCAAGAGCAUGUCUGAUGACACCAUCACUGCGAUCUGCUGCGCUCUGCACGAGGUCAUCACCAAAAACAUGGAGAACACCAAGGCCCUGCGUGAUGCGGGUGGCAUUGAGAAACUCAUCGGAAUUGCCCGCAGCAAAGGAGACAAACACACACCAAAAGUGGUGAAAGCAGCAUCUCAAGUCCUCAACAGCAUGUGGCAGUACAGAGAUUUGCGAAGCCUCUAUAAAAAGGACGGCUAUUCUCAGUAUCACUUCAUUGGCUCUUCAUCUACAAUCGAGAGAGACAGACAACGGCCUUAUUCCUCUUCUCGCACUCCAUCUAUCUCUCCUGUGCGAACCUCGCCCAAUAAUCGAUCAGCAAGUGCCCCCACCUCCCCUCGGGAAAUGAUGAGCUUGAAGGAGAGGAAGACAGACUACGAGUCGACUGGAAACAAUUCUGGUUACCAUGGAAACAAAGGCGAGCACACCUCCAGAAAAGAUGCCAUGGCAGCUCAAAUCUCUGGUGGCACAUCGACACUGUUCAGAGGUGCUUACAUGUCUCCUGGGGAUGACAUCAAACAUAACCAGGUUUCCGCUCAAGGCAACCCCCCAGAGGCCUAUCCUCCCUUCCAGACUCCUCCAGGAGCCAACUUUGAGGAGCCGUACUACGAGGACCAAGCUCACAAACGCCCCCCGCCUCCCGGCGACGGCCCCAUGCAUCUGGGACUGAAGUCCACAGGGAACUACGUGGACUUUUAUUCAGCGUCUCGCCCAUACAGUGAACUCAACUACGAGACGAGCCACUACCCUGCCUCGCCAGACUCCUGGGUGUAGAGACAGGCUGGAGGCUGGCCUACGGACACGAGACAAACACACGGACCAGCCCAGCAUGUGCAUGAACACUUGUAGACAUCUCACACACAUUUACCUUCAGUUUGGUUCGGCACGAGAUUGGGCGUCCAACUUUAGGAAAAGGAGAAGAUUUUGAAGAGAAUAAGAAAUGAUUUACUGACGGACCGCUGGAACUUUGAUGCUUUUUCGAAGCAGCGGAGGGAACGGAAAAGCUGCGGUAACUGUGUGCCGCGGAGAUCUGACGUUUACGCGAAGCACAAGAAAAAAAACAAUUGACACAAGCUCAGAAAGUAGUUUUCACACAUUUUACGACAUUUACUUAUGUUAAGUCACGCUUUUUAUGGAGUGCUAUCUCACACUCUUAGCCUUUGUAUCUCUUUUAUUUUUCAUUUGCUUGUUUUUUUGUAUCUCCUUUUUAACUUCUUAAGUCUGGUGUAAAGUACUUGUUGUAUAUUACAGAUGUAGAUACAAGGUGCAUUGUGUAUAUUACGCAGAGACUACUGUAUCCUCCCCGUGGCUCAAUGUAUCAUUUUAUUUUCCUGUAUUUUAACAGAGAAAGAGAGGUAAAACUCCAGCAUAAAUAGCAGAAAGUAAGGUGUAGUUUGCUCUGAUGUGAUUUUUUUAAAACUGAAAAUACCGAAUGACAGAGCGUCACUGCCUGGGCUGAGUUUACCACCAACCGUAAAAACUUUUUUUUUCGGGUUUAUCUGUCAAUUUUUGUCUCUACUUGACAGUUUUAGACACACACACACACACGCUUUUCCCCCAGUCAUACUAAAGGUCAUUCUUCAGUUUAAUGAGUGAUCUGUGCUUAGUUUUGUAAAAUGUGCCAAAUGUGGUAAUCCCUGAGCCAAGGGGUGCUGUAGAGCUGCCGUUGCGUUUAAGCGGCACGUCAUCGGCUCUAUCGACGCCCGUUUGUAAAUGCUUUUUUGUGUUUCAACAGCAUUCGCACUGUAAUGACAACAGAGGGACACGGUCUUCGAAAGCUACUUUCCCUCCAAAGAUGUACAAUUAGUUUACGCUGUGUUGUAAAAAAUAGACAUUUGCAAAAUCUGCUUUUUUCCUUCCAGAAAUCAGUGGUUCUUAAGUUCAUCGUAGACAAAUCUGUCAAUAGAGUAUGAAUAUAUAUUAUAUAAAUGCAAAUAUAUAUAUACUUUUUAAUGUGCAGAUGUGGAUGUCACCUAAUUCAGAAACAUUGCAAGGAAAAUAAUGCUAGUUCAAAAAAAAAGCGUAGGGUUACGUUCACCUUAAUUUCUAAUCCAGAUGUUGACCUCCUGUUGUCAUGUUGUUGCUACAGUAUGUGAAACAGGUGAGACCAGGGCUCAGUGUGAUAAAGUUUCAAGAAAAAGGUGCUAAAUCAAUGCUUUUGCUUACGUUGCUACCUUGUUAAAGCGGUUUGAAUGCGUUUCGUAAAAUGGAUGCCCCCGAAAAUAAUCUUGCUGAUUCCCGUAAAAUGUAUUCCAGAUGAAAAGAUGCACCUUUUUUUUCUCAUUGUAAUCUUAUCUCAGGUCAUCUUAACUUUGCUUAUUGCAGAAGAUCGAUGAACAUUCCUUGAGCAGAGCAUAUCGAAUUGAGAACGGACAGUGACGCCUAUCAGAUUGGCAGAUUUUGAGAAGCGUGUUAAUAAGCCCUGGUCUUACCUUCGUGUCAUUUGAAACUUAGAGAGGUUAUUGUCAAAUGCAAGGUUUCAAGAUAAUCCCCGAACUCACACAUUUUUCAGCACCAUCGAUAGUGAACGUCUGAGAACAAGCAAAAUAUCUGUGACAAAGUAGACAUAUCAGACAACCUGUAUUGAAGAUGUAAGUAAAACUUUUCUGUUGCUAGACAAAGUGUUUGAGAGAAUUGUGAACCUUUUUAAUGCCAGGUUGCAACUGCUAUAUAAACUAAAUGAGAAUCAUU